AUGACUGAAUCAGCUACUGAACAGGUGGUAAUGACUCCAAAAGGAAAAACUGGAACCUCUACAACGAUCAUGAUCGAACGAAAACUAAUACAAAAGACUAAUGAAAAAAUGCACGUAGCCGGUGGACAACACACUGGAAUUAUAAUUAAUAAAGAGGCAGCUGUAGAAAACGGUGACGCACAUACAGCAGCUCAACUCUCCCUAGUAUUUAAAGUAUUCCUUAUAAACGCCCAAACAAAAAAGCACACACAGGAAUCCCGAACCCUGAGAUUCUGGUUCCGAGCCCCCAAAAACUGCCAAGACAAUUUGUGCGAGGAAAAUCAAGCAGGCGUAGCACAAGAUUUCUUCAGAGAACUAGUCAGCCCAAAAGAAUUUCCACGAGAUUAUGUGGGUUUUAUAAAGAAAAUAAUGAAACUUAUGCAACACAAUUACACAGAAAUAAGCAAGUUGGAGGUGGAGCUUAAAAUACUUGAAGAACCAGUAGAUGUACCCACAAGACCACCUAAACCAGGGUACCACCGUAUAGACUUAAACAACCAGUUACCCUGUUUAUACAGAUCAGUGUCUGCAGAAGAAAGCAUCUUGGGCAACAUAAAGAUAUUGACAAGAGAAAAAGUCCUGGAGAUAAUCGAAUCAGCUUAUCCCAAUCCUGUCACAAUUCAAGAUAUUGCCAAAGAAAAUAGUUGGGAUGAAGAAGAAGUCGCCCACCAUUUCUCCGAUCUCCAAUCCAGACAGUUGGUCAAAGCUAUGGACCACGGUGCUUUUACACGUCAACAAAGCCAAGACACUCAAGUUACCAUAGUCAAGCAAAUGCCCACUAUAACUAGUUCGAAGCAGCCCACCAUUGCUAUAAUAACGGCACAGUAUUGCGAAAAAUUGGCUGUAGACGCUAUGAUUGAGAAUAAAGAGACUUUUGUUAGAUACACAACUGUUGGUCCAUCGAGUCCCACAGGUGAUUAUAGCAAAUCAAGAUUUGGUGAAUCUAAUGUAUACACUCUUGGAAAUAUAGGAGCUCACAGAAUCGUAUGUACAAAAUUACCCACUGUAGGCCACACAAGAGAAGCUAUGACAGCUGCUGGAAACACAACAACUAGAUUAUUAGGUACAUUCCAGAAGGUAGACUAUGUCUUUCUAGUUGGAGUAGGAGGCGGCGUACCUCACUACACCGAUUACAACAAACACGUUCGGCUUGGAGAUGUCGUAGUAUCAUGUCCAACAAGAAAUAAAAGUAUUUAUUUGUAUUGCGAAAACGCAGAAGUAUCAGAUAAAGGUUAUCAAUUCGAAAUAAAAAACUACAGUCCAAACAACUUUUGUCUACAAGAAAUCUCGACGCAAUUAAAAGUUUCUGCCGACCAAGAUUCGUCCCCAACACCCCCAUGGUUGACCUACCUAAACAAGGGGCUCAAUAUACUGUCAUCGCAAAAAGAGCCUGAUUUUAACCCACCUAAUGCCGAAACUGAUAAGUUAUAUAUGAGCAUCGGAGAGAGGGACCUCAUUGAAGUGGCGCAUCCUGUACCGCAAGAUGGCAGCGUCAAAAGACUAGAGGGCUGUCCACGGAUCCACUUAGCCCCAGUAGCUUCAGGCCGUCAAGUAGUCAAAGAUGACAGGUUGAGACAACAAUUUGCAGCUCAAGUUGGUGCAUUGGCUUUUGAUUGCGAAUUUGAUGCUGUGAUCGAAUCGAUUCUAGGAAACUGUAAAGAUAGUUUUGUGUGUAUAAGAGGUAUUUCUGAUUACAAAGACGGUACAAGACGGAAAGAAUGGCAACCCUAUGCAGCUCUGGCAGCCUCAAGCGUUAUGAAAAGCAUCAUUUGUGGCAUGGAAGCACCUACUAAUGUCUAG